CCCCCCCCCCCCCCCCCCGAUGCACGGCUCGCCUCCCCGUGGAGCUUGCUACGCUCGGCCCCUGCCCCCCGGCGGCGGAGCUUCGUUCGCUCGGGCGGACGGGGCCUACACCGGUCAGGUGCGGCGCGGGGCGGCGGGCCCAGCCGGUGGCGGUGGAGGAGGCCACCGCGUCCAUGGCUCGGGACGGCCGCACCUCGCCCUUCCCCCACGGCGCUCAGUGUGGAUCGACGGUGGCGGUGCUUGGCGAGGCGCGGAGCGGUGGAGCGGAGCCGUGCGCGGCCGUGGUGUGGCGCCGAGGGCAGCGAGCUGCUGUGCGCGAAGGCGGCAGCGAGCGGCGGCGAGGGAGGCAGCGACGGGCGCGCAGGUGUUGGUGGUGGAGCGGCGGCCGCUCUUGCCACUGGGCUCGAUGCCUCCAAGGAGAAUGGCGUCGCUGCGCUCCUACGGCUCAAGGCCAUAAUGGAGGCCACGGAUGUUGGUGGUCCAGCUGAAAUUUUGGAUUUGGAUGGCUUGGAUUUGCACAUUAAGAACCGGCUGGUCGCGUUGUCAGGGCGCGUGCAGAAGGUCAAGGAUGGACUUGAGCACUUGCUGGACAAUGGUAUGGAUAUGUCUGAGAUAUAUCUGACAAGAAAACUUGCGUUCCAAGGAUUCACCGAGACAUUGAGCAGGGUGGAUUCAAAUAAGGAUGUAUCCACUGAUCACGACGAGAAGGAGGAAGAAGAUCGUGACGAUGAGACAGACACUAGACGAGAAAGUUUUUCCUAUGUUAAGCCUGAUAUUGAAGAGUUGGGAAAUGCUUGUUGAAGCCUACUUUGUGCAGAUUGAUGGCACGCUGAACAAAUUGAUGGCAAACGUGCUAACGCACCCUCUUUUAGGAGAUGAGUGAAAUGGAAGAGGAUAGAGGAAUGGUCGGCAACUUUGUGCUCCAGGCUUCCGGUUCAAUUCGUUUUAAAGUUGCCUGGAUGAGGAUUCUGAUUUGGAGCUCAGGAUUUAUGAUCUUUCUGACUCUAUCCAUCAUUAUGGGACAUUGGACGGCAUUAUAUUUUUAGCUCAAAGUGCUGCUGUAAAUUCACCAUAUGUGGUUGCACCAGACUUUGGGAGGGCCUGUACAAAGGUGACGAUAGACAUGUUAGGAACCCGAGAGAAAACUCAGCUUGUUCUUAUAUCUCAGGUAAGAAGUUGGAUUCUUGCUUUAGAUAAACGAGUAUCCGGACAUUACAAAACCGAAGAUCCUUUAGUUGUCAGUGUUGCCCUUUGAUUGACCCACCUAUCUUGGACCGAUAGAACCAAGGGUCUUGUAGCAAACCAAAUAUUUUUACGCACAAAUCCUAAUAUUCCAUUUUCUUCUAUCAAUUCCAAGAGUUUUUUUUCUUCUGCAUUCAAUUCUGUCCCUUUUAAAGUGCAUUCAUCAUUCAAUGCCCGCAAAAUGGCCGAGGUAUGCUUCAUGUGGUCAAAAUAGACUGAAGAUUUUAAUCUGUAGUAGACUAAGAAUAUCUUACAUGGCUGCCCAAAAAAAUCUGGAAACAUUCUUAAUGGUCUUUUUUCCCCUCCAUUCCUGGUUGCCAAUUCUUAUCUGCUGCACGGAAAGUACAUUGGAAGUUCCAUUUACACUACACUAAACCUAUAAUUUGAGAUCUGUUGGAAUUAACAAGCUGAAGUGGAACCUUCAAUUGGUAAGGACAUUCAUGCAGAGCAACUUUUCUGCACACGUUAUUUCAAGGACUUCACUGUGUAUUCGGAUUUUAAUUUGAUAAAAAGGUGUAUUAUGGGCAGAAAUGGCAAUGUAGCAUCCACAACACAUUAUCAAUGCAGCUUUGAAAGAUUUGGCACAUUUUAAUUCUGCUCAAAGAUCAGUAUGUCAGUCUUUUUACCGCUAUGUUAAUAUCCAGCAGACUGAUAUGGCGUCGGGGUCUAGGAGGAUAGCGUAGUGGAGAACGGAGGAAGAGGUGGGCUUGAGAAGUGGAACGGAGCAGGUACCGUGGCGGUGAGCUGUGAGGAUGAUUGACUUUGUGAGGAUGAUUCUAGGCAAAUAACUGAGGAUCGACUGUACAAAUUUUACUCCCAUGGAUUAUUUCAAGAUAUGCCUCUAGCUGAUUCUAAAGUGCAUUGUGUAAUGCCUUAAAACUCAUUGCAGAUUGUUCUUCUUCUUGAAUUUGGAGGUAGUCAUCGUGGCCUAAAACAAUUCGUACUAGUUAUGACCUUCACCCAUCGGAUGCAGCUACGAAGGUAGUAUUCUGAUUUGCAGGUUCUAUGGCCUAAAGAAUGGGGGCGUAUACAAGAUGCAAAAAAAAAAAAGGAUUUGAGGUUUAUAGCACCAGCACAGACCACAUCCACAUUGUAGAGAAUACAAGUCAGUUUUUCCAUAGUUCUGUUUUGUUAUAAUUUGCAGUAUACAAUUAACAUGUGUAGUAAUCUUGCUCGGAUAAGUGGCUUCUGUUGGCAAUGGAAUUUCUGAUUGAUUUGGCUAUACUAGCCGAUGUAAUUUUUCUUGAUCAAUGCUAUACUAGGCAUUUGGCUAGAGAGAUCGAUAUAUUUUCAGCACUCAUUGAACUGACAAGUUUGUACUAGCACUCUACUUCUUUCAGUAAUGCUAUACUAGCCAUUUGGCUUGAGAGAUCGAUAA